ACUCAGUCAAUUCACUCCCAUUCGUAAGUUUGUCAACAAACAGCUGGUGCAAAGAUCAAAUUUUAACUUUCACGUUGGAAAAAAAUCGAAAUUGUGGAAUGUCAUGGAUGAUUCUGAAGUGAUUAGUCAAGCACUAGCUGGUUUGAUUGACACAGAAUUUGUUGCGAAGCAACUUGAGCAAGCCUUCAAAGAUGAAAUUUUGGCCAAUGCCUCCAGCGAGCAAGUGUCAGAUGAAGAAGUCAUGGCAGAUGUUUAUCAGAGAGUUCUUCUGUCUCCUGCAGUUGAAUCGCUUCUAACUCAAGAAUAUGAACUAUCCGUCCAAAUGCAAGACUUGGUUGAUGAACAGGAAAGAGAAUGGCAGGAAUUAACUCAAAGACAAACAGAUGAACUUCAGUAUGCUGUUGAUCUUUUGACAGAAGUAGAAGUUAAUGAGGUUUCAGUUCGUCACUGUGAAGAAAGGCAAAUCUUUGAAAGUGGAUGGGAAAGCAGACUCAUCAAUGUUCAAGAAACACAGAGGCUACACUUUAGAGAAUGGCUACUUGGCAUGGCUGAAAUUGUUGAAACUGGAGGACAGUUGCCAAUACGUCCUGAAGAUGAUUUUGAGCAUGUUCCUCGUAACCUGGAGAAUAUUGAUGUUGAAACUGUUUUCCGUCUGGAAGAGAGUUUCACUAUACAGCUGGGGGCUCAAAUGAAACAAACUCAUAACUUGAGAUUGAUUUCAGCUGAUGUGUUAGAUCUGUGCAGGUUGCCAUUGACAACUAGCAACGACCCUCAACGUCUCCAAAUGGCUCUCUCGCUCUAUUCGAGUAAUCAAAGUGGACUAGUCCUGUUAGUCGAUGAUAGGCUGUCAGCCUAUACAGGCAUGGAGAAAGAAUUUCUCCGAAUUUGUCGAAGGGGAGCCGAACUUCAUUUUCCUCGCGCCGAUUUGCAACUUGAAAAUGCUCGGAAUACAUUUACUACCAAUGCCUACAAUUGGAGGCAGCAGAUUUCGAAUCGUCGAAUCUGUGAUGAAGAACUAAACAGUAGCCCACCUAAAACGAAAACCCCACGGCUUGGUGACAUGUACGUGAGCCGGCAUUCCAAUCUCGCCCAGGUGCACGUGGUGUUCCAUUUAGUAUCGGACGACAGCGUUCGAUCGAACGAGAUCAAUUCACGGCACCCGGUACUCCUGGGCCUCCGCCAUAUUUUGCGGACUGCCGUUGUUUCUGAUAUCACGACCUUGACCAUUCCCUUGCUGUUGGUGCACGAGCUCAGCGAAGAGAUGACUGUACCGUGGUGUUUACGCAGGGCUGAGCUCGUCUUCAAAUGCGUCAAGGGCUUCAUGAUGGAGUUGGCUUCCUAUGGUGGUGGCGUCGAUGCCAGAGGAACGGCCUCAUCACCUACACUUCAGUUUUUGCUACCUCGAGACGCUGCCGACGAAGUGUUUCACGCUUUGGCCGCCAUGCUUCCUGGCGUCUUUCGAGUCUCGAAUCCGUUGGUUCUGCGUUCAGAUGCGGCUCGAUGACUCUUUUCAAGUAACACAACUUUAUUAUAUAAAUCAAUCAUUCCCUUCAAAGAUGGUUACCAGAGCCGAAUUCAGUAUCCUGUACCUAUUUGCAGCGAUCAAUAUUUGUGAAAAUUGUGUCACAUGGGCUAGCUUUAUCGAGUUUGAUACCGGUAAUAAAGUUUCGCCCUCUG